CGCCGGUUACAUCAUAGUCAUGUCUUGAACGCGCGUGUUGCAGGAUCCGGACUCUGACUUGGCAUAAGAGCUUUUUACUAAUCCUUCAAAUUUAUAUCAGCCUAGUUACGAGGUUUUUGGUUUGCAAUUUGAACGUGAACCUUAUCAGCAAUUUGCUACCGCACCAAGAGUUGCACCCAAACAAUCUACUCACCCUUCUACUACAAAAGCUACCUCAAAAAAGACUCAGGUUUCAAGAAGAAAUACUAUUAAAUCUACUAAGAAAGAUAGUACACCCACAGACCCCAAGGACUCUUCUUCAACCUCAAACAACCUCAGUUCAGAGACAGAGACCCCAAGUCCGAAGCUUAAGCCUAAGCUACAACACUUCACUAUCAAAAAGUUCAAGCUCCGUGUCCGAACCGCCUUCUCUCGCACUCGUGCUUAUUUGAAGAAGAUGUCUGAGCGACCUCUCGAAGCAAUCAAGCGAGCCACAAAGGCCGCCGACCGUGCCCCUCAUCUUCGCAAGAAGAACCGCACAGGUGCAGACACUGUCGAUGCUCUCGACACUACCGGAUUCGGCGGAAUCUACCACCAUGACGGCCCUUACGACGCCACGCUUGCCGCCCGAAACCGCGAUAAGAGAUACGCUCCCGUGGAAGCCGUGAAGUAUGGCAACAUGGAAGCUCUCAAAGCCACCCCCCGUGAGCAUAUCGUCGAUUCCCUAGAACGCCAUGUCCCUCUACAGGGCACUGCGACAAUUCCGCCCGGUGAGCUAGACUACAGCGGUCGCGUCAUGCACUACGAAGAGGGCGCCGAUCUCAUGCGUGAGGAAGACGCUCCAGGUGGCCCAUACAAGCGAUGGGAUCACAUUAAGUACCACCCAAAUGACCUAAAGGGUAAGGGCGAACCCGCAUACAGCAUCGAGGAAGACCUCAAGCGCAAGAAGCAUCUACAACGCAAAUCGCUCGGUCAACCUAACACCUUCGAGAUGCAGCCCACGGGCCGCAGCACUGCAAUGGCCGGCAAGGGCGGCAACGUCACUGUUGUCCGACCACGAAGUACUAGUCUGGAAUCGGCAGGUCCGUCUAGUAGUUCCAAAGGGAAGCGACUUAGCGACGGCAUUAAGCGCCGUAUUGGUAGCAUUCGACGCAAGCACGACGACAUCUAGAUGCUCUCUAUCCUAGUUUGAUCAUUUGGUUUAGGGCUGUCGCCGAUAUGAGUUACACCGAUAUUCACAGAUUGGCCUGCGAUCGGAAGGAUUUCUUAUGUCAUCGAUUUGAUUUCUCGAGGCGUUACCAUAUAGGAUUGGCACUACGCCGGGAAUGAUUUUCUCUUGCGUUUGGUUUAUUCACAAGGAACGGAACUCCCCCUCAUCCAUAUGAAAGAGUCCAGUGAUUGAUCUUGCACAUGCGCAAGACAUGGAUCGAGAGGGAUGGAAAGGGAAUAGGGAAAGUUACGAGAUGGUCACACCUCGGGGUUGAAUUUGCGGCUCUAAACCGCUGCAAGAGGGCUGGAUAAGAAGGUGUUUAUUUACCAGUACUCGUCGUCAUCUGCAUGCAUCACGGACAACGUGAAGACACAGAUAGGGACAAGGCUCGAAGGAGUAACUAACUGGCGGUGGUUAGUUUGCCACUGCGGCAUUUUGGGUUGUUUUAAGGGGGGACUACGGAAACGUCGC